AUGCCAUGCUCCUCGCUCUGGCCGGCCAGUCACCAUGAUCACAUCGAUGUCGACCAAAUUACAGCUUUAAUCGAUUCCGAUCGGCAAAUCACAGUUCGGGAAAUCGCAGCAAGGUUAAACAUUGGCAAAUCAGCUGUUUCCGAACAUUUAAACAAGCUCCAGAUUAUAAAAAAACUUGAUGUUUGGGUACCGCACGACUUAAUUGAAAAAAAUCGUAUUGAUCGCAUUUCCAUCAGCGAUUUGCUAUACAAACGCAACGAAUACGAUCCAUUUUUGAAGCGUAUCAUAACAGGCGACGAAAAGUGGAUAAUUUAUAAUAAUGUCGAGCGUAAAAGGUCAUGGAGCAAGCGAGGUGAACUGCCAUUGACCACUCCGAAGGCAGGCUUACAUCGAAAGAAGGUAAUGCUCUGCAUUUGGUGGAAUUGGAAGGGGAUAGUGUACUAUGAGCUACUACCGAACAACGAAACCAUCGAUUCGGACAAGUAUUGUUCACAGUUGGAUAAAUUGAAGGUGGAAAUCACCAAAAAGUGUCCGGAAUUGAUCAAUAGGAAAGGCGUCGUUUUUCAUCAUGAUAACACCAGACCUCAUACAAGUUUACAGACUCGACAAAAAUUAUUGGCGUUUGGCUGGGAUGUUUUGCCUCAUCCACCAUAUUCCCCCGACAUUGCACCCUCGGAUUAUCAUUUAUUUCGGGCGCUACAAAAUUCAAUUAAUGGUUUAAACUUUGCUUCUUUGGAACUCCUCAAAAACUACUUGGACAGCUUUUUCGCCGAAAAACCCCAGGACUUCUACGAGAGGGGAAUUAUGAAAUUACCCAAAAGAUGGAAAAGUAUUGUGCAAAAUAAUGGUGCAUAUAUUACAGAAUAAAAUUACUUUUAACAAUAAAAAUUUGUCGUAUGAAUUUUGCUUAAAAAUCCGCACGGACUUUCCGGA